AUGAAUAAUUCAUCUUUGAUGCCGCGAAGUAUGCAAGGUAUAACGCUUGUAUCUUGUGGAAAUAGAAUGUUUCGAGUUUCUACUGAUUCGAUACCUGACAAAGCAUUACCAGGAAUUUCUUAUAUAUCAUGGACAUAUAAUUGGUAUUUUUAUGGAUCGAAAGGACGUAUGAUAAAUAAGCUUAAAUACGAAACAAAAACAUCAAUUCGUGCAAUUCCUGAGAAUGACGAAAUUGAAAUUGAAGGUAGAAAAAUGAAUGUAGAACAGGCAAAAUUGAUGAUUGAACAAGUUGUUGAAAAGAAUAAAACAUUAGUUCGACCAUCCCAUUUUCUUUCUUUACCACUUUUUGAUCCAUCAGUUCAACAUAAAGUGGAAAAAUUUCAAAAUGAUAUCCUCUCUCUUAAAUUACCUAACAUUGAUCCUUCCAUAAUGAUCAAACCAAGUUCAUUGCAUAUUACAAUUGGAAUGUUGAAUUUAUAUAAACAAGAAGAUAUUGAAGGAGCAGUAAAAUUGCUUAAAACACAAGCAAAUGUUUUGUAUUCAGAAGUAGAAGAUCAAGAUGUAAUCACAAAAUUAAAUGAAUUUUUAGUCCCCAAAUUUACGAUAGCAGGAUAUAUGAAAAAUGAGGAUCGUCCACUAAAGAUUCACGCUACAAUUAUUAAUACUAGUCAUAGGAGAACUGAGGAAAAUGGUGAGAAUAAAUUGUAUAAACCAAAUUAUAGAAAAAUGGAAAGGAAACCUUUUUCAGCAGUUCGGAUUUUAAAUAAUUUUAGUAAUAUUGAUUUUGGAAUUAGCCGAAUAGAAGAAAUUCAUAUUGCAAAGAUUGGAGUUUUUAAUGAACAAGGAAGGCACAGAAGUGAAGGAAAACACAAAUUACCAUAG